GGCACACCAUUAUUGCUGGAAACGCUUUCACGAACAGGCGUCGAGCGAAUGUUUCACACUAUGAGCCUUGGCUUGUGUACGUGGUCACAUUUGUGUGGCCAAUUCUUGGCAGCGUCAAGAUAUACAGUAUGUACAUACAUAUAUCCAGAUGACAGAUGGGUGAGAGAGUAGUGCGUGAAAGUCCCAUAUCUUUCAAGUGUGUAUUUAAUUUUGGUGUGCUUUGUGUGCUUUUGCAAUGUUACUAGCGCAUUUUUGCGGAGCAAACGCGCUUUUGCCGCGCAAGCUGUUUUUGUCGCUUUACAUAGAACAGAGUAGACUCUGGAAUUCAUCAGUGUCCCAUGUUUUCUCCGAGGGUUCGUUGCGUGUUUUUGCAUAUCUCUUUUAUCAUCUCGCGCAUCUUCACGCGCAUCUUCAUGUGUAUGUCGGGUUCUUUUGGGGGUGAUGCUUGCGCGUGUGUCGUUUGCGCUCGCAUGACAUAUGUGUAUCUCAAGUGUUUUGUUCUUUUUGGGUGGUUGGGCAAGAUUCCUGCAUUCGUGUCGUCUUGCACGUGCGUGUGCAUCUCAAGGGGGCUUCGGAGUGGGCAAGAUGCUUGCGUUCGUGCCAUCUUGCGCGCACAUGUGUCUUAAAACCCCGCCGGGGCUUUACAAUAAUACCAUACUAUGAUACUAUGUGCGCCGGUGGUGGCUUCGGACUUCUUGUGACGAUGAUGUCAACGAGCGUAGACAAAAAGCCCUACUGUCUGAAGCGGCCGGCCGCAAGUGCGCGCAGAACAACAUGGGCUAAGGGCUUGGCAAAGGGGCUCCGGCCGUGAGCUUGCGCCAGCCUUCUACUUUUGCGGCCGCAAUUCCGCACGGAACAAGAUGGGUUAAGGGCUUGGCGGAGCGAGCCGGCCACGCCUAGCGCACGCCUUCUUUUACUUCGAAACUGCUGUCCGGCACCCUUCAUGUAUUUUUUUUUGCGCGCGGGACAAGGUGGGCGAAGGGCUUGGCGAAGGGAGCCUGCCACGCCUCUGGCCGUGGGCUUGCGCCAACCUUCUUUGCUUGGUUUUGAAGGCGCAGUUUGGCACCCUUACCGGCCGCAAUUGCGCGCAACGACAUGGGCCAAGGGAGCUUGCCACGCGUCUGGCCGUGACUAGGUUUUUAGGCUGCUGUCUGGCUGUCUGGCUCCCUUUCCGGCCGCAAUGUGCGCAGAACAGCACGGGCUAAGGGCUUGGCAAAGUGCCAGGCCUCUCGCCGUGCGGCUUGUGCCGAAUGUGUUAUACUGAGUUUCGACCGCAAUUGCUCGCAGAACAACAUGGGCCCAAGGCUUGGCGAAGGGAGUGGCUCCUUGUAUUGCAAGGUGUGCAAGCCCAACAGCUUUUCCAGAGUGCCUAGCCAAAGGUAAGGUUCCACCCUGCGGUGUCCCAGGUGCCGCCCCACUUAGUGUGGGCUAAGCCGGGGUCGUCGGAUAACUUGGGAGGGUUUUGCGAAAGACGUUUUUGUCCAAAACCGUUUCCUAGUUUCAGGAAGAUUUUAGGUGCAGAGUAGCAGCGUUCUGGUGCAAGUGUAUGUAUGCAACUCACUUCAGCUUGCGAAGCAUCCAGGGUACCCAUUCGCCCGUGGCCCUGUGUGACAGUGUGACACAUGUUGGGAUUGCGUUCUUGAUGGCUAAGGCUGCCUUUCAGAACAAGCAGUUUAAAGUUGGCGGGAGGGGCGCGUGCAAGCGAAGAUGUGUGGAAGCCUGACAACGUUUACAACAACACGUGGACCGCCUACGCUGCAAAACAGAUUCAAACGGGGGUUGUUCAAUACAAUGGUGCUUUCCGCUAUCCCGUUGCAACUGGUGUGUGGGGGCAAGCAGGGUUGUCGUACAUCAACCAAAGCACCCGCUCCAGCACCAGCUACGUGUUCAUGAUACUUGGAGGUUGCGUUGGAGAAUUCUGCGGCCUCACUAACGCCCUCUAUUUGUACCGAUCUGCGUCUCAAGCGGCCCUAGUGACUCCAGUGCUUUUGUCACUGCUUGGCGCCUUUGCUUUGACGUAGGCAGAGCAGGCUUGCUUUUGACUUUUGACCUUGCCAAGCGUGAGGGCCCUAUAUACCUCGCACAAGACGAGGGGGAAUCACAAGCAGAAAAGACACUAAGCUUUCCACACAUAUAUAUAUAUAGAGUUGUGGCGUGUUUUGUGCACUUCAAUGUUUUUCUAUAGAGACUCAACCAUCCGCGGUUGGUGAUUUGGUCUGAGUGUAAGCGGCCUUUAAUGGGCUGGAUGCCAGGUGGAGCUUUGUCAGAUCUUCGUUGAUGCUUCGCCCAAGUGUCAAGUGUUCUUUUUGGGUGUUUGAUCCGUUCCUCUUGAAGUGUUGCAGGAGCCUUCGUACAGAUCGACUAGGUGACUAGACUGGCCUUGCGGCAUCGCGGCAUCGCUGCUGGUCAGCUCUUCGAGUGCCACCGAGUUGGACCGAGCAAACGUGGAUGGCUUCGGCUCGAUGCCGCUUUGGCCUCGGUUGCGGAGGGCUUCGGUGCCGUAUUCAUGACUGGGCCCCGAGCGGUAUGGAGCAACCCUUUGACGCCGCACGCGCUCAAGAUAUACAGAACAGGGACACAAAUUGUGGAAUGCAACAAGGAGGUCGACAUGAUCCAACGCUGCCGCUUUUCAUGCUUGGCUCUAGCAGCGAGGUUGAGUCUCGAAGUCGUGGAGGUGACGGCAGAGGGUCAGUAGGGUUCCUGAGGCUUUUCCAGCUGGGUCCCAGUGGUACUUCAACUCAGAACGAAACCGCCCUAGAACCCAAAUGAUGUCCAUUUCAGGCCCAGUGCACGAUUGGUGGGCAGCUGUGAGGAAGGUACUGGGAUCGGGUUGAACUAAAUUGUCCAGCUUGUAUAUGAAGAUUUGCAUUGCGUUCAACCAGGACAUUAUUUGUAGCCUGCAAGAAACAGAGCGAAUCAUGCCAGGAUACAACUAUCGAACCAACAACUAUCCCCGUCGCUAUACAUGUCCGGGAUUGACUGGUGCUGCCCUUCUUUAUACUGUAGAUGCAUUCCUUUAAAUCGUGUGACUGCAAGGUUUCGGCUCAUGCUAGCUUAGCGAACUUACGCAAGUCGCUUCCGAGGGAGACAUACUAACCGUGCUGUAGACGCCAGUCUGCGGCAACGUUUGCGUGGGAAAACAUGGCACGCCAAAGUUCUCGGUUCUUCGUGUGCAUUCUGACUUUGUGGAGCUGCGUUGGUGAAGAGAUGGAGCAGCAGGAUAGAUUGAACAAGCUGGCGCAGCUCCUGGAAGAUGAAGGUAACAACUUGAAGUCCAUGGCUGCAGCUCUGCACAAGGAGUCAGCAGCGGUCGAGGAUGCAUUCUCCAGACAGGAGGAGGCUGCAGCAAUGAGAGCAGCUGCCAGUGGUGCCAGCAUGCUGAAUGUGGCAGGUGAGGCUUUGGGCUCUUCGGUCCGUGGCUUGAGAGGUUCAGAGCCACCUGCAAAGAGGGAGUCAGUUCGCCUGGAAGCGCUAGACUCACUAGAUGCUCAGUCUUUCAGUGACCCGAAUUUGCAAUUGGACCAGACUCAUGCUACCAGAAGAGUGGGAAGGCAAUCUACACAAGUUGGAACCCUUUCAGCAGAGGAGAAGAGGUUGCAAGACCUUCUUGGGCUUCGCUAGAUGUGCUUGCUGCUUGCGGCGACAACAACAGUGAGAGUCCUGUUCGAAGCUG